UCAAAAUAAGGGCGCUUUUAACCAGAAAAUUAGUUGCAAGCUAAUAGGUUAUGUCUAAUGUGUUACAUUUGUUUAGAUAUUUGUUAGAAGGCGAUAACAACAAAGUGACGAGCUGAUUUAUUUCAGCAACCUACAGUUGACGUUGCCAAACCGUCAACAAGAUUUUUCGCUUAAAGCUACAACUCUUCUUGUUCAUGGGAAUUAUUAUCAUCAAAUGGAUCAUCAAAAAUCACACCCGUCAUCAGCUGAAUUAGCCAUCCAACGCUGGUUGAGGUAAAGGCUGUAAGAAGGUGGUUUCAGCGCCCGCCCAAAACAAACAAAAACAUCAUUAUUGUGUACUUCGCUGUAGCAGACGACGUCAACCGAGGUUACACGUAGUGUUCGCAGCGGGUGCGGGAUAGACGCUUCCUACCUACGGUAUGUUGUUAUGUUGUGUGGUGUUUGGCGGUGCUUCAGCGACUGUACGACGACUGCUACGUACGAGAAGAGAAAAUGAACUACAGCGAAUCGUAGCUUCGCCUCGAUCAACUAAGGUGGGUUGGGCGGUUUCACGUUGCCGUUUCCAGCUCGUGACAAUUGUGUGCUCUUUCCAGUGACGUCGUUAGACAAAUGGUUAUUGAUCCAGGGCAAGGCUUCGACUAGCUUGGCGCUAUUUGGCGCCAAUCUCUCUCCAGGAUUACCGUUCCCUCUAUGUUAUCUUUGGAUGCUGUGUAUUUCUAAACUAAAGAGUAGUCACUGUAACGGCCAGGACGAAACUCAUUACCUGUUCCGCCUAGUGGACAACACGGCCGUUGGCGCGUUUUGCUACGGCUAGUUAGGCUUACGUGUUAUGGAAUUGGAUCAGUGUGCCGUGGUUGAUCUGGCAGCUAUAGUUAAUCCGGGAAAUCCACUGCCACAAAGCAACUGGCGGACGACUGGUUGUGCUCAUGGCUCAGCUACCACCUGAGUCAUGCGGUGGGAUAGGUGCAAUUUCCGCGCCAUAAACGUGUACGGGUUUCAAGUUUGACUCGGAUGUGCGCAAAUUAGGGGGAAUGAACUCUCAAUUGGGAGCUGACGACGUUGUCGAUGAACGACAUCAAUUUGACAACCAUAUAAUUUUGAAUUAAAGAGGUUGAGUGAGUACGUUGAAUAAACGGCAUAGCGUGAGCCGCUGCGCUUGUGCGUAUCUGUGUGUAGCUCAAUUUCAACAAGACGCAGUUUGAGUGGAAAGUGAAAUGUUGUAUGCCUAUUGAGUGCACGCACAUAAUUGCAAAACCUCAAAUAUACCCUUAAUUACGACUAUGCUGUAAUCGUAAUUCGAGGUUAAAAAUAAAUUUGUCAAUGAUUAAUUUAUACGAGCGUGAACCAAAGUCAGUGCUAAAAUAAAAAGAUUUUCAAUGCGAACACGCCGCUGCCGCCUAAGAAAGAAAAGCAAACGAACGUCAAUUUCUACAAGACAAUUGUGUUGUUAACAGUCGAACCAAUAAUACAGCGUUUAUACCUGAUGGUACAGGUAUUUUACACGGAAUGAACAUAAUAUGCGAUCGACUGGAUCGGAUAAUUAACAACUUCUGGGCUCCAGGUGACUCCACCGCAGAAAUGGUUGGAGCGAGCAAACGGCGGCCUUCGACAACCGUUGUGGGAGCCGGAUGUGCUACCCGUGAGGGGGAUCUGUCAUCUUUGCCACCACUUAUCCGCGAAAAAGUAAUGAAAGACAAACGCAAACCGGCCGAGCUGAUUCGCACAGACUUAAUUACGGCGAUGAAGAUUCCGGAUACAGAACACCUUGAUCCCGAGUGUUAUUGGCUUAUAGUUGAUCCUUGGAAGACAGACUACGAUAAGGGCGUUCAGGUUCCCGUAAAUCUUGAAGGUGCACCCGAUAUAGUAGUGAAACAACGCAAGGACACUACAGCCCGGGACGCCAUCCUUGGCCCAUUUUUCAUUCAAUCAGCAGCCGGCUGUUCCGUGGAGAUUCCGCAUGAGAGCGGAGCCGACUCCCACAUUAUCCAACAAUGCAAACUAGUUAGCAAUCGGGGAUGCGAUAUUGAGAAUCUCUUGUCCGCGAGCCUCCAGCUCGGCUUCGCUGUUUACUUUGCAGUUCUGGCCCUGACAAAGGGGCACGAAUACAGGACCAUGAACACCGGAGAUGCUACACAGAGCAGUAAUCAGAUUCUAGGAGAACUAGAUCUCCCAUAUUUUUUCACUGUGAAGUUGACGCUGCGCGGCCUUAUCAUCUCGUUAGUUCACCUCAGUCAGUUACUGUCCGAACGCGUGUCCCCACUAGACCUCAGUAGACGCCAGGGAGCGUCUACCCCAUUACUUGACAGGUGUCCGCUAGUUGCUUGA